GGAUCUCUAGCUGGAGAUCACUCCUCUUGGAGCCCUUCUGCAAGCCCAGGACAUAGGUAAGAUUUUUAUUUCAUUACUCCUUUGUAACAUGAUAAUCUCUUUGGUCCUAUACCUGUUUGCCAUACAUAGGAGUGACACCAAGAUACACAGAUUUCUUUUUGAAGAAACAUUAUUGGUAACCUAGAGAUAAACUGAACAAGGGUUUAGUCAUGAUGUUUAGGAACAGGUAAUAUUUUGUUGGAAUUGGUUGUACUGCUCCCCAUGUUUUAGGAUGGUUCUGACACAUAAGAAACCGUUUUGUGAACCUGGUAGAACAAGGGCAGCUUUACGUAUGGUGUAAAAACAUUGCUAUUUAUUGCAGAUUUUCACUUUAUCAGUCACUCAAAACUUGUCCUUUCAAAUGAUACUCUGUGAAGACGUAGGUAGAAGCAACUUAAUGCACAGCCUAAGAGAAUGGAGACUUGGAUUCCAUGUCUCCUGUUAUAACCUCUAAAAGGAAUAGACCCCUUUCUUGCUGUAAUGCAUACUAACACACAGAACACCACAGCAUUACUUAGCUUCCUGUUUCAACUGUACCACUCUAAAUGAGCAAAUGUAAUGAUGUAGAAUCUUGCUUAGGUCAAUUAUAUUUUUUUUAUUGCCAACAAAUGUAAAAGAGCAUAGAUGUACAUUUUAAUUUUAUGUGGUGUUAUUGAAGUCAGUAUUUCAGUAUUAUCUACACAGAUGGAACUACAAAUAAUUCCUAAUGCUUUCUAAUAUUACAUCUAUAGUAGGUUCUUAGUAAGACCUCAUGCAGUUUUCAGCAUGUAGCUUGUCAGAGAAUAAAUGUCAGAAAUGCUAAUCCAAGGAACACCAGGUGUCCUCAAAGCGGUUUCAUUGCUUUCAGGUCCAAGAACUGAUCUAUUGCCUUUGAUAAUAUGCGUUGGUUUUUAUAGGAAACUAGAGUGUUACGUUUACAGACAGGCAUCUAAUUUCUGAGUUCCCGAGUGGGAUGAGUGGUGUUAGCAAUAGGAGGUAGAAGAGAUAGAGCCCCGAGGUGGCUUGUCCCACCACCCCUAAAUGUGGGAGGCAGCUGGCAUCAGCCACAAGCCCUAACUGCCAGGCAGGGCCAUAGUGGGUGAUAAGGCAGCUCUGAGGCCAUCAGCAGCUGAGUCUUGUUGGUAUGCUCAGGGCACUGUUUUCGCAACAACAUUCUCAGUGUGUCUGGACCACCUGUUUCCAUCAACUCUCAUGUUGGCCAUAAGAUAUGUUUUAGACAGAUUAAAUUUUCCUCUUUUUGAGAAAGUGCAUCUCUCCUGCAUUGCUAUAAAGACUGGAUUGCUCCUUGAACAAGAAUGAAAAGAACAUAAAGCAGAAUAAAAACAAAGUCACUGGACAGGCAAAUGUGGGAAAGGUGAACAAAUAUUCACAGUGGAAUGGGGGAGAGAAUUGGAAAAAAGUCCCAGUCAAGUAGAACUGGAGGAAUGAGAUAAAAAUGACUUACUAAGACAGAAAAGGAAGAGAAAAGGAGAAUAAUAAUAGUAAUGAUAAUAACAUAGAAUACAGUUACAAAAGAAGUGAUGCACAAUGCAAUUGCUCACUGCUCACCAACAAGUGCCCUGCCAGCCUUCAACCAGCAGCUGCCCGUUGGCUAACUUCCCUGUUUUUAAAGAUUUUUCACUUGAUGCUGUAUGGCAUGGAAUAACCCUUUGGCCAUCUUAGGCCUGCUGUCCUAUUUCUGUCCCCUCCCAGCUCCUUGUGCUCCUUUGGCUCCCCUUGCUAGUAGGACUGCAUGAGAAGUUGAAACAUUUUUUGGUUCUGUGCAGCGCUGCUCAGCAACAACUUAAACAUCCCUAUGUUAUCAACACUGGUUUUCUCCUGAAGCCGCAGCAUAGCAUCAUACCAGAUGCUAUGAAGGGGAAAAGUCCAACUCUGUCCCAGCUGAAACCAGGACACCCUUGCUGUCACCUCACUCACUCCUCUGGUGGGAGUGAUCAGUGCUGUGAAACUGCCAGCUUCAUCCUUGGUGCACUGGGUCACAAACGUUUAGAUACUAUGCAGUAAAUAAAGGAGAGGACUUCCUAACAAAAACAUUUAUUUAUUCAUAGGAUGUUUAAAUCAUUCUGUCUUUAAGAAGACCCAGCUCUCUUUGUCCACUGAAUAAAGCAGAAGAGCUGUAGAGGAAAAACGUGGUAUAUGAUGAUAUUCAACACCCAUGCUCUAAGACAUGGGAAUUCAUGUGGCAGCCAACCAGCAGCCAGCCUGGACAGGGUCAGAGCUUAUCUAAUGUUAUGCUGUUGAAAUUGAAUCUGUGGACUAGCAGUACAGCCUAUCCAUAACAAAUAAGUUUGUUAAAAGUUGAAAAUAAUCUGAAAGUAAUUAUUUUGUUUCAUAUUAGAAUUAUUAUUUUUAAAGUUGGUAAGAAAUGCAGAUUUAUACAUAGAAUAUGCACACUGUAGUUCACCACAUUUCGUGUAAGUAUUUACGACUUCAUUCUUCCAUGGGGGUUUGUGAGAAAAAUCUGAUAUAACGAGAUUUUCUGAGUUUUUAGGAAAGGAGAUCAUAGCAGAAUUGCUUGUUCUGCAGUGAACCUGACUCUUUAAUAUUGUUGACAAAGAAGCAGCCUCCGGGCUGCAGGAUGACCUUUUCCUGCAGUUUGCCCCAGCCGAUAGACUUUGAUCUUCAGAGCCUUUGGCCAGCACAGUUUUGGCAGUUUACUUUGCUUGGUGUUUGUAGCUGACUUGUGGUCAAAGUGCUCACAAAAAGUGGCUGUGUACAUGAGGGAUUUCUCACGAAUGGACAGCAGGAGAUGAUCCUUCGUCAGUACGUAACCCCUCUGGCUGACAGACCUCUAUUCCAGCUUAUUGACAGUCUGAGCAUCUAUGUUUCAAACAUACAAAAUCUGCUUUGUAAUGCUUCCUGUUAAGGAAAUAGAAUGUUCUGGAAUGAGGAUGUGCUGCUCUGGGGAUUUGCUGAGGGAUUGAUUAGUGCCUGAGGAAGGGACUCUCCAGAGUUUCUACAAAUCGGUAUCAUUCAGGAAAAAGUGGAGAAUCUCUUCCAGCAGUUUUUGAGAGAAAUGUGCAAGAAGCUAUCAAUAACUACAGUUGUGAAAUGCUUUCAUCAGUUUCAUCUAGUGGACAUGCAACACCCACAGACCUGAAUAAUUCUUGGUCUGGAGUAAAAAGCUGUACUACUGGUUUGUCUACUGAAAGAAGUUCCAUUUACUCCUGGAGGGAUGAUGAAUUUGAUAAAGCCAACACACAGAGAGUGCAUCAGCUAUUUUGGGAUAUUGAUGAAAUGCUGUUUGAAGGAAAAGUGACCUCCCAAACUCAGAGCCUGCAGGCAGAAUGCGCAGACUGGGUUAAGCGAUCUCUUCAUCUAAGGGUUCUGGGAAAGCAGCUCCUGUCACCGAAGGAUGAAGGUUUUCAGCACUUUGAAAGCAGAAGUGAUAGCUCUGUGGAUAUCAAGUGCUUACCUGGUCUUCGUGAAUGUACUAGUAACAUAAAAGAACUCUGCAUUUCCGGCUCUAAGUUGAUUCCUAAAGUAUUUCCAGUACAGAAGUCAUCAAGUUCAGGCUCCACUAUGACUCCUGGUUCUGAGUCAUCUACAUAUUCAUUCCUGGAAGAAGAAAUCUAUGAUGCUGAUGGAAAAAUAGAAGAAUAUCUUGCCUUUGACAUCAAGGAGCUUGGUGAUGAGUGUUUGGAGCAAAAGAAAAUACAUGUUGCUGAGAAGAGGAAUAAGCAUGGCAUUCCUCCUGUUUCUCCCAUGGCUUGUAUCAGAGAUGCUGUGGCUUCUGAAAUAUUUGAUCAUAUAUGGAGCAAUGUAAUUGGAAUAUUGGAGGAACUGAUUAAAAAACAUUUGGAAACAAAUGUCACAGAGAGUGCCAAGCAGCCAGAGAAGCUGAAAGCUGUUACUGGUAAACUGCCACUCUUGCCAGCUGUUCGUGUUACAGCAGAUGUUGGGAGUGUCCUCCUUUCCAGAGGCUCUGAAGCAAGAAGUGUGUCUUUUGGAUCUCAUUUAGCUUCAUCACAGGUUCACCACUUCUCCAGCAGCUUCUGCAGUGACUUGAAUGGAGUGAUGACAAUUCAAGCAAAACCACUCCAACAGAGGCACUUUGCUGCAGUACAAAAAAUACAGAAUGAGCAAGAAGACAAACCACAUAGCAUUAACUCCAGUGCUCCAAAUUCACUGCCCACUAGUCUGGGGAGAAUUGCCGAUAAUCAUGUUCUCUUAUCAUCUCGGGUACUGCUGACAUCUGCUAGGAAGCUAUCAAGCCAUCGUAGGUUACCUUCUCUCACUUCUGACCAACUCUCCUCAAAAGCUCCUAAUAUGUACAAUGAUGAAAUCCUUAGGGGGACUAAAUUGGGUGCCAGCUUGGAUCGUUUAUCUUCUGGUUGUGCACAUACAGCCCAAAACAAGUUACCACCAAUAAACUCAGAGGCUGUUAAACAUUAUCCUUCAAUCCCUCGACUGCAACAGAGCUCUCAUCGAGGAAAAAAUGCUCAUAGCAGAGUGUCAAGUGCAGUACCUGAAAGUACAGAGCAACAGCCGCUCAGAGAACAGACUGUUACUGAUCGGUUUUCAAGACCCAAUACAACUCAUACGUUCAGGUUAUGUCAUGCUACAGACACACCCCAGAAACGUUCACUAACUCCUAUGGAUUUUUCUAACCACAGAGGGACAAGUCAAGGAUUUUUAGUAGGCUCACAGCAUUACUACAAAUCCUUUCAUAGAAAUCCUCUAACUUCACGGAGAAGAUUUCAGAUUACCUCUUAAUGAAGUCUAGAAAGAAAGAGAAGCCCUCUGCACUGAAUGGAAGGCUAAAGCACUCUAUUUGCCAGCUAGUAUCUUGUUAGACAAAGAACAUAUGCAGUAUGCUGGCUUCUGCUGAACCCUGUGAUCCUCCAGUAUACCUGUAUUACUGUGUUUUAAAAUUGUCUAAACCAGAGGUUAGAUUAAAAACUAGUGCAAUGUAGAAUGAAUGGUUGAGAUCCCAGAAUUUCACGUCUGCACUCUUUGCAGAGUUGAAAUGCUGCUAUACAUUCUUCUCAGGCAUUCGUCCUCAUUCUAUCUUUCUUUGUGGAGUUGUUAUUCUACCUUUAGAAGUAAAAUAAGUUAUGUUUAUGCUGUGAAAACCUGUUUCAACUUCUUCAUUUUUUCUCAGUGUUAAAAAUGUUCUGGUCUACCCAGACGUCAGUUCUAUACAGAAACUAUAAACAGGAGUUAGCUGCAUCUCCUAUUCAACUCCUGUUCUAUUUCUGCAUUUUUAUUCUGUCUGUGUAUUGCAGUUGCUCUCUUGUAAACAUUUUUUGUCCUUAACAUUUCUUCUUCCUUUAAUUCUUUUGAUGUGAAAUUGUUUCACUGCUUCUUAAGCUGUUCUAUGCAUCAUUUGCUGUAGAACUGCUGGGACAAACUGUGGUUAUAGUAAAGCAGUGUUCUGUCAGGCCAAACAUGUUUGUAGAUCCUGAAUAAUUGAACCUGCUUGCUGACGUAUGAGUAAGACAGUUUACCCCUUCUUGAGAUUUUUUUUAUAAAAUAUUGGCUGUUACUGUACAAAUUAGACCUGUUUUUGGUAAGCUACCAAAAUGGGAAGAGGAGACUGGGAUUAUUUUCUGUCCAAAGAUCACAGUCCUUUCCAUGUCCCUGGGUAUUAAUACUGUGUGCGUGCAGUCAGUGAUUCCUCCAUCCAUCAUAGCCAGAAAUUUAAGUAGAUGUGGUAGAAGAGCUGUUGAAAACAAGAAAAAGAAAACCUAAGUUAUUUGUCUGAAUAAUAAUUAUAGAAUCAGGUCCUUGUACUUGGAAACUAAUGCCAGUUCUCAUCACUUUUUUAUGAAUGUUUGAGUCUUGGUAAUCCAAGUCAAAGCAUUUGUAAUAUAUAUCUAUAUAGUAUCUGUACUGUUAAUGAGAUUUCUGGUUUGCAUAAAUAGUCAAAUGCUGCAUUCUUUUCAGUAAAUGAAAGCAUUUUUAAGUUACGUUCCUGGUUUAGUGUUCUCUCCUUUGGUUAUGCUAUUUAUUCACUGCUGGUAUUUUGGUAUAGUAUCUUACCAAGCAGAAGGCUUUUUCUUUGGUGUUUUCUUUGGUGUCAAUUUAAUUCAGUUUUUUUCAAAAAUCUCAGGUCACAAUUUCAUGUAAGCUCAAAAUUCAGACUUAAGUAUACUACAAAAGCGUGCCCCUAAUGUUGUUCUUGUUUGUUCUCCUGUAUUAUAUAAAUGUACACAAGACUGUAUGGAAAUAUGCACAAGACUGUAUCUCUUACCAUCACAUGGCACUCCGUAGUAACCCUGAUAUUAGGUUGUGGAAUAAAUGAAAAAAAGAAGUUA